AUGAGGGCAUUCGAAUUUUUCACAUUGGAAUAUCGCUACAGUGUCAUGUACCGAGAAGUUUUUCGAUCUCCCAAGUUUGAGUGGUGCAGCAUGGAAAACAACUCUAAUCCAGCAAUGAAAGCUCUUUUCGAAGUAUUACGAUAUGCAUCAAGCAACAUGUAUGUAGGAUGUCCUGUUAUUUCAAUCGAAUUUAAGAAUGCAAUAAUCCCAGUAAGUUAUGUGCCGGAAAUAUUACCAAGAGGAGAUUAUCGAAUGAAACUUUUUUAUUAUGAUGGUUCUGACAAAUCGACUAUGAACGUCACCAUUAUUUCAGCACUCCGUUCAUCAGAUCACACGCGUUUUGGAUGA